AUGGCGGACCAAGAGAACUGCGCGAGAGUCACUCGCUUAUCGAAGAAGAGGGCAGCAGAGGCAGUGGCUUUGGGUGAGUCUCAACAACCGCCUGCUAACAAGAAGAGAGUAGUGUUGGGGGAGAUUAAGAACUUGUCGAAUGUUGUAGCUAAUCAGGUUCAGAAAGUGGGUUCUGAGCCUCGGAAGCCCAGAUGUAAGUCGAAGAAGUUCAAGAAGGCAGUGACAACGACGACAGUGACGGAAAAAAUUGAUGAGGAGAUCAAUGUCAAAUCGGAUGAUCCCCAAAUGUGUGCAGCCUAUGUUUCUGACAUAUACGAGUAUCUUCACAACAUGGAG